AUGACAGCGCAGGGUCUAAUUGGAGGCGACCCGUUUACCGUCCCAUUCUCUCGUUAUGCCCGGCAUCAUGUGUACAGAGUUGUUUUCACUUGGGAGCUCAUUGUCACCAUCGACGAAGGGUACAUUGUACCAAUGGCUGACCUGGAUCCUUUAUUUCAAUUCAUGCACCGACCAGAUGAAGCCACAUGGUACGAAGCAAGGCAAUAUGUACUUGACCCGAAAUAUCCGCUGCAAGCGUGGAGACCAAAAAUGCAAGAGGCCGAGGAGAGAGAUCGACAAGCUCAAGGCAUCCUAACAACAGUUGGUUCGAAGCUUAAACGACUAGCACGGCGCGAAGUUGUUGCGAGAUGCUAUGGCUCUUCUAUUACACCCAAGACUUACGUAUACACCGUCCCGGGACUUGUCAGUCGAGAGGCAUUUAUUGCCAUCUUCUUAUUUAGUCGAUACAACGAAUAUGCACCUCUGGGAUCAUUACCACAUUUCUAUAUCGAGAACAACAGGAAAGAGCUGCGUGGGUGGAAAGGCAGCGUUGAAAAUGUGCUAUACGUUGUGAUGAGUAGGGGAUAUUUUCAAGUGGACUGGACUACAGCCGGAAACGACCCUAUUGAAGGUCGACUUAUAUUCUCUCGUAACAGAGUUCAUCAUCUCAAAGAUCGUGGCGGUCGUAUAUUUGCGCUGAAUCCGCCACCAUCCAGGGUUUCCUUAUUCAAAUACCCCGAAAUGCAAAUGGAGGGCAGUUUCGAGAAUCUCACCGAAGUCAUGGAGAAAAUUUGGGAGACCGAUGGCGAUAUAGAUGAAAGUUGGUCGGACAAACCCUUGGGUUGGAAUCGUCGGGUCUUGCCUUUGCUCCCCGGAGAAUACGCAAAACCAUCUCCUGAAGGGGAUGAUGAAAAUAACGACGAUGACGAAGAGGACAAGGAUGGAGAGGAUGGGAACUUCUUUCCCUUUCAUCGUUCUCAUUCUGGUGCCUCAGUAGUAUCGGUUGCCACAAGUCAAUUCAGUCGACCGCAGACCUUUGCCAGUGCGGAAACGCUGGUUCCAUCUGGGACGGUUGAUAUCUACUCAGUUCAUACUGCUACGCCAUCUAUUGCAAUUAUUCAGAUCAAGGGAGAUAUCAAAUCACUCUCUUCACCUCUUAAAACCCUGCAAAUCAUUACCCUGGAUACUCCAGCAUCGGUUCCUAAUGUAACUUGGUCACCAAAUGCUGCUGCAGAAGUAGAAUCCGUAUACACUGCUACGGAUCAUACUCCACUAUUGGAAAGAGGGCCCACAAAACAGGGCUUCUUUGGAGAGAUUUUUGAUGUUGAUACAAAGCAGCAAAACGAUCCAAAGUACCUAUUCCCGGAGACAAAAGAGUCGAUGGGUAGACAUCCAUAUCCUGGGGCAAGAACGCAAGGGAGUAGGAGGCCAGAUAUACGCGAUGGAAUCGGCAAAGAGAGUGGGAGCGAAAGAACGUGCUCCAUUUUCGACGCUAUUCUUGGGCAAGGCCACCAGAGUGCAAAGGAGCGAGAAGGAGCAUCUAUCCUGAUCCGGUGUUUACUAGAGGUGGCGCUAAACACUGUCCUUGAGGCGCAUGUCAACAUUCUCACGACGUUUGCAUUCAUUCGAGCUGCGCAACAGGAAUGCGUCCGACUUGAGAACGCGAUGAAUAGCACACUCGGGCAAGAAACACCCAGUGUCUCAUUCGAGCGGUUCAAACAGGCUAUAAGCCGCAUGCUUCAGCUAGAGGAGCAAAAUUGGGAUCACACCAUCGACUCCAACAUUUUUGAAUCCAAAUCGGUUCUCGAGUGCCGACAAAGUAUCAAUUCGUGGGAGCAACAUCGCCGAAUGGUCGUCGACAAGCUUCUCCGGAUCUCGAAGUUGUCGGGAGGACCGAGGCCCAUUGACCCAGAUACUCUCUGGGAAGCACGUACCGAUGAUGCACUUAUUCUGCGUACCAUGGUAGAGGAUAUCCAAUGGGACGCAAUAAUUAUCGACGAGAAAUUGAACCAAUCUCGCACUAUUUUGCGAAGUCUUAUGGGCCUCGUGGAACGCGCACCACCAGUCCUGGAUAGAAAGAGGACUACCUAUGCGAUCAAAGCAGCUUCCUUCAUCCGUGCUGCGAUUGAAGAGUCAGGAAAUGUCAAUACAAGAAAUGUUCGUCGAGCGUACCUCCAAGGCCCAGACGUUUGGGCCGCUACAUUAGAUCUCGUAUCGUCCAUAGCUCGCGGGAAUAUCGCAGAAGUGGAGCGAAAGUAUCAGACAUUUGUGGACAAAUUACUCGUGAGUCAGCCUAAACGAGGUGUGCAUGAUUAUAACCAGUUUGUAGCACACCGACAGCAGCCUCUCAGACCAAAGCAGAGGGUAAAGAGCGCAUGGGAGGAUAACAAGAAAGGUGCGGGGUUGACGCAGCAGAGCACAGAGCGGCGGGCACGAGCUGUGUCCGAUUAA